GUUCCCGUUGCCGUUGCCGUCGACUUUGCAUCAUUAUUUUUAAGAUUUGCAACAAUUAAAAUUAAAACCCACCAUCAUCUUUAAUGCCGUCACCAGCUGAUAUCGCACGCACCUCCUCCAUCACCUUUAAUGCCACCACCAACAUCGUACCAUCACCUUCAACACCGGUACCAGAAGUAUCGCCACCAUCAUCAUUCAACACCGGCACCAGCAAAAUCGCACCAUCAACAUUCCACGCCUCUACCAGCAAAAUCACCUUCAACAUCGCCACUAUUACUUUAAGGCCACCACCAACAUCACCUUCAACGCCUGCACCAGCAAUGUUAUACACAUCCACAUCAAUGGUCCUCUGCAAUAACUACACAAUUCAAAAUUCAAAAAAUAAAAACUGUUACUACUGUUAAGUCGCUCUUGUCUGUAAUCCUCGUCUA